GGCUACUGCGCUUGCGUAGCAUACCGACUUACAGAGAUCACCGACAGCGAAUGGCCCGCGGAUCAGGGUACCGCCAAAGAUCAGCGGAUCUCUCCCGAGGUCAAGGGUAGUGGAGCCAAGACGCCACCUAGCAAAGUGGCGCCGCAUAACGAUGUGGGGGGUUGUGAGGAUGAGGUGAGUCUGCCAAGCACGUCCGGAGCAUCUGAGGAGAAGGAUGAUGGUGCCGUGAAUCAGCGUCUUUACCUGUUCGACUUUUUCGAAGAACCGCCCGUCACUCCGGAGAGCGAGGCAACCGGAGAUGACAUGAAGGAAAUCUUCCAAGGAAACUUCAGGCAGGCAGCAAAUUUAAUCAAGAAACAUCGUAAUUUCGAAGAAGGGAUGCUAUUACGAAAUAUUACAGACGAUGGUUUUUACACAUAUCUGAACUUCACAUGCUUCAGGAUAGAACCGAAAUCGAACCUUAAAGAUCUCAUCAAAGAUGUAACGGCGACUUACUCCGACGCCUAUAACUUUGCCUUUGACAAAAGUCAGAAACACAAUAUAGGUACCUUCAUGGAGCUGGCGACGACUGCUACACCAGAGGUCGCUCGCGAGCCAAGAAAACCGUCCAAUCAAACCACGGCGUUCUUAAUCGCCGGAUACAAGUUACUACCGGAAGCAAACGACGAGGUCAUGGACCAGACGUGGGCGGCCUGGAGCGGCGCACGCAUCAUGUACCAACAGAUGCCAAAAUGCAUGGCUGAUCCGCCAAGUUAUGAGCCAUCUUCAAACUGUUCUCUUAUGUCGUGUGGUAACCACUGA